CUUGCACAAGGCCCCUGUCUUGGCAGAAAUGGCAAUGUCGACUAGCCGCAAAUUGAAGAGUCAUGGCAUAAGGAGGGGCAAGAACAGAACUCCACACAAAGGUGUCAAGAGAGGUGGCAUCAAAAGAAAAUACCGGAAAGGCAGUCUGAAGAGUAGGAAACGGGGUGAUGAUGCCAAUCGUACUUAUCGCUCCCACAUUUGACCAGCCAGCAGGCACUGCCCUGGUAGACUUCAAACAUCACCAGGCAGGAACAAAAACAACAGAAGGGGGACUGCUAAGGAGACCUGAAAUUAAAGUACAAAGCCAGAGAAGAGCCUAUCACCUAUCAAGUGUGGGUGAAAUGCCAGAUGUAACAAAAUGAGAAAUGUAUAUUGGCCAUUUCUCCAACAACUCAAUAAAAUUUUGAAAA